GAUCUUAAUCGACACAGUUCAUUUGUGAAUUUGUUAAAGGCAUCUUUGGAAACAUAUCUUAAAACAUUAGCUGAAAAGAUGCGCUUAACAGGAUUUUUGAUUGCCGCAAUUUUAGUUGCCACGGUGUCAGCAGGAGGAUCAGGUGGUAGAGGUGGUUUUGGCGCUGGCAAUCAUUGGGGCAAUAAACAAGGAGGUUUCGGUGGCGGUGGAUAUGGAGGUGGUGGUGGCUCUAACAAUCUAUGGGCAAAUAAACAAAAUGGUGGCGGUGGAUAUGGAGGCGGUUUUAGCUCAAAUCCUUGGGCCAAUAAACAAGGCGGUUAUGGCAAUGGCGGUGGUGGACAUGGUGGCUUUGGUGGAUACAAUGGCGGCGGUGGAGGAGGAUUUGGUGGUUAUGGCGGCCAUGGUGCUAAUGGAGGAUCCAAUGGUUGGAGUGGUGGCAACAAUGGUGGCUUUGGCGGCAAUCAUGGUGGCUAUGGUGGUAAUGGCGGCUCCUCCGGUGGUUGGGGAAACAAACACGGUGGCGGAGGAGGAAAUGGAUGGGCCAAUAAGGGCGGUCAUGGCGGCAGAGGUUCUUGGUAAAAUCAUGCAGGUUAAAAUAUACGGAUAAAAAUCCGCCAAGUUGUAUUCAAUAACCUUUGAAAUAAAUCGCAAGGUUGCAUAUUUUGUAUCUGUGGAGUAUAAAUAAAUAGUUGCAUAUUCUUACAAAA